AUGGCGCGCCUUCUCUUCCGUCUCCUCGGCGAAUCUAACUCUCCGUUGCCGGUGUCGGAUCCCUCCACCGCCGCCGUGACUUCCGAUCUCGUCGUCAUCCUCGCCGCUCUCCUCUGCGCCUUGAUUUGCUUCCUCGGUCUGAUCGCCGUUUCUCGAUGCGUCUGGCUCCGUCGUCUCGCCGCCGGUAACAGAACCUCCGAAGGUGGCUCCGGUCAAUCUCCUCCGCCGCCGGUAGCAGCGGCGAACAAAGGACUGAAGAAGAAAGUGCUCCAGUCUCUCCCGAAGCUGACUUUCUCGCCCGAAUCACCGUCGUCGGAGAAGUUCGCCGAGUGCGCGAUCUGUCUGACGGAGUUCUCUAACGGCGAUGAGCUCCGGGUGUUACCGCAGUGUGGUCACGGAUUCCACGUGUCUUGCAUUGACACGUGGCUUGGGUCUCAUUCGUCUUGUCCUUCUUGCCGUCAGAUCUUGGUGGUUGCCAGGUGUCAUAAGUGUGGAGGUUUGCCUGGUAGCUCUAGCUCCGUACCCGAAUCCGAAAUUGAAAUCCGAAUCAAGCAAGGGGAAGAUGAUUCAAAUUCCUACUUGCCUUGAUUUAUUUUUUAAUUUCGUUUUAAAACCUUCGUAUUUUAGAUGUCUCUAUAAUUUUAAAGUAGAUUAUUUGUAGAGGAAAAUGUUUUUAUUCUCUUAAUGUACAUGUUUAUUGUAAUUUGUAAAUGUUAUAUGAAAAUGUAUUACUCUCUUUAUCAAUUACAAGAAAGGCAUAAAAAAAACAUUUGUUCAUUAA